AUGGAUCGAGACCACAUCCGCAUUCCCAUCGAAAUCGCGUUCAUGGUCAUAGAUGAGCUGUUCUCCACAAACGAGCUCAAAACACUAUUUGCCCUCUCCGAAACAUGCCACGCACUGCACACACCCUCUCGACGACGCGUCUUCUCCAAAAUUGCCCUCGGCAUCCACGAGGAAUUUCUAGAGUCUGGAAUUCUCUCUCUUACCAUCUCGAGCAUGGACAAAUUAUUCAGCAGUGCUCCUGCCGUCGCGACGUACAUCCAAAAACUAAUUAUAAAUAUCACAACCAGCUCGGGCUUAGACGGCGACCUUCUCUUCCCCCUCUUACAAAAAUUAUGUGCGCUUACAAGCCUGCGUCUCACCUCCGAGAUGGCGUGGAGUGUCCAGCUUUCGGAGAAUUGGAACGACAUGAGCCCUGAGAUGGAGCGUUGCGUACAUCAUCUUCUGCAGACACCGACACUUUUUGAACUCGAGAUAUACCGCCUUCAACGAAUCCCUAUUUUGUUGCUGUUUGCUGGCAUACCCCAAGUCAGACAUCUCCGUUUGCAUGCAUCGACAAUCGCUAAUCGAAUACCAGAAAACCCUUGUCCAAACCGUAUAACUUCACCCUUGACCUUGCUGGACGUACGAAGAAAGUCGAUCAAUUCCCUUCAUCGUAUUAUAUCACACCAUCCAGAUGUAGACCUUUCCGGCCUCAAAGAGCUCUACAUCAGCUUGGAGGAAAAACAAGACAUGGUGUUCCUCUCUAAAUUCCUCAAAACCAUUAGGUCGCUUGACCUCCUCUCUAUCAACACUACCUGCCUAACAUCCGAACACACCGUCGCGGACCUAAUGUCCGCCCCCUCCCUCGCACACAUCCGCGUCUUGCACCUGGAAUAUCCAGAAGGGCGAUGGAACCGCCCCGAACACCUACUCAAACAAACCGUCGACACUCUGCUUGCGCUCCAACACAAACACGCACUGCAAAGGCUUCACAUCCACAUCCGGUGCCCGACACUCACACACAAGGUGAACCUCGCGGAGGGGCUUGAAAGCCUGGACGCGCUGUUGGCGGGUGACGCGUUUUGUGGGUUGAGGCGCGUCGUAAUGUGUGUCGAACCAGCGUUCUACCUCGGAGCUGGAUCUGGAUCUGGAGUUGGAGCUGAUUCAGAGGGUUUUGUUACCACGCUGACCAGAGAUGAUUUACUAGUCCAUCUGAGUCGGCUGAACAAGCAUCCAGAUAGACACUUUACACUGGGGUUCAAUUUCAAGCACGUUUCUCCCGGUGGGUAG